CUCGCAGUCACCAAGGGCCGGCCCCUUUGUACUCCUGCCCUCGACCACAGUCAGACACGCUCCCGACACGCCUGGACACUAGAUGACUCCCUAAAUCGCGCCGCUCGACUCCCUCACGACACCACAUCAUCGACCGCUACCCAUUCACGACAGCCGCCAUGCAUACUAUCAUCCUCGCUCUGCUCACAUCUCUGCUGCUCAUUGUACUCUAUGGAAUAUUCACUUUGUCUGUACGCCCGCGAUUCAGCACUAUACAACAGUUACCAGGACCACCGGUAGCGGGCGUAUUCAAGAGCCAUCUCCGCGCGCUGCUUGAUCCUGCGAUCUCCCCUCGCGUACAUGAUCUCAUGGUCAGGAAGUAUGGCCGGAACAUCCGUAUCCGUGGUGUAGGCCCCUGGGACGAACGCCUCCUUACCGUCGAUCCCACCGCCCUCAACCAUGUCCUCCGCAACGCAAGCAUCUACCAGAAGCCUUGGCAAUCGCGCGCAUUCAUCUCUUCCCUAAUUGGCUGCGGCAUCCUCGCCUCGGAGGGCCAGAUGCACAAACGGCACCGACGCGUCGCCACCCCUGCGUUCUCUCCCCAGAAUAUGCGUGCUCUGGUACCCGUCGUCUUUGGAAAGGGAGAGGAGCUGAAGGAUCGCUGGUUGUCCAUUAUGAAGGAGGACGGUCAAAGCAACUCGGGCGUGUUCGACGUUGCGCAUUGGAUCAGCCGUGCUACCUUUGAUGUCUUCGGUGUCGCAGGCUUCGACUACAACUUCGAGGCGAUCCAACACGAGGACAAUGAGCUGCUCAAUGCGUAUAAAGACAUGUUCGAACUGGCUGUGUCGCAAGGCAGCUUCUGGCAGACGAUGACAACCAUUUACGCGCCGUUCUUGCUACGCCUCUUCCCUACCCAGAAGCAGCGGACCGUGAAACGCUGCCGAGAAGUCAUCCGGCGCGUCACGGGCGACAUCAUCCAGCACAAGAAGCGCAAGAUCGAGGAGGGCAUGCGCGACGGCAAACCCUACGAGGCCAAGGACAUCCUCACCCUCCUGCUCAAGUCGAACAUGUCCACCGACAUCCCGCCCGACCAGCGCAUCACCGACGCCGACCUCCUCGACAACAUCAACACGCUCGCCUUCGCCGGGUCCGACACCUCGUCCCUCGCGCUCACCUGGACGCUCCACCUCCUCGCCGAGCACCCAGAGAUCCAGACGCGCCUGCGCACCGAGCUGCUCGCGCUCCGCCCGCCCGCGACGACUACGCUCACGGCGGACGAGAUCCACUCGCUGUACGACGUCGUCGCGGAGCAGCCGCUGCUGCACAACGUCAUGCGCGAGGCGCUCCGGCUGAUCCCGCCCAUCCACUCCUCGCUGCGCGUGUGCACGCGGGACGACGUCGUGCCCACCAAGUACCCCGCCCGCGACCGCGACGGCAACGUCGUCGAGGGCAAGCACGACUUCUUCCUGCCCAAGGGCACCAUGGUGCACGUGCCCAUCGAGGCGUUCAACCUCGACAAGGAGGUCUGGGGCGAGGAUGCCUGGGAGUUCAAACCGCAGCGCUGGGACGACUUGCCCGAGCUCGCCAAAGAACAACCGGGCGUCUUCCCAAGCAUCCUCACCUUUUCUGGCGGUACACGGUCCUGCAUCGGCAUGCGCUUCUCCGUCAUCGAAAUAAAGGCCGUCCUCUAUACCCUCAUCACGAACUUCGUCUUCGCUCCGACCGAAGACGAAGUCUUCAAGGCCAACGUCGUCCUGACGCGUCCCUACGUGGCAGGGAAGUUCAAGGAAGGCAGCCAGUGUCCGCUUCGGGUGACCGUGUACGAACCGUAGGCGGUGCGCGUUGAUCUACUGGAUUGUAAGUGUAUUGUACUUGCGCUCUUAACUUUAUCAUUAUUGGUAUCGACCUCU